AUGCAGUCGAACGGUGCCGGCUUGACGAGAACUGGCGAACCGUAUGAUGGAAAUACGAACCUUUUGACGUGGAUUGGUCUACGACAGAAUGGUAUUUUCUCAAGCGCACCGUGGACGUGGACGGACGGAACGAAUGUCGACUACACCAACUGGGCGUUGGGUGAACCACAUAAUGCUGAUAGCAACCAACACUGUGUUCAGGUAAGUGAACGAAGUUUCUGA